AUGAAAUAUAUGGAAAUAAAGUUAAGGAAGAUGGUGUGCUUAGUCGCUGCUUGUUGGCACACUGAAGUGUAUAGAGUUAUAACAAGAUACAUCAUGGCAGUCAAUGUGCUCACUAUUCUUUGCUAUGCUCUAUUCUUGUACUACAUAAGAAAGGCCACAUCCUUGAUUGUGACUAGUCUUACCGUAGUCUUCGGUUAUUUCACCACAACUAUCAUUGGGACCGCUGGAAUAGUCCUCAAUCUCGACAUUCCUAGGACGGACGUGAAUUUGUUAGCCGGAACUUUCGUUAGCACAUCUUCACAUUUUCUUUUGAAGUACUGUUCUUCGGGGAUGACAUAUUCUCAGACCACAAUAUGCUUUAACACAACCUUUUUGCUUGCCUUUCAGUAA